AUUACAUAAAAAAUUUACUCAUAUUCAUAGUAUGUUUAAUAAUAAAAAAACCAACAUUAAUGAUUCUUGUUUAUAACAAAAUCAUUUUGUUAAUCACAGUAUUAAUGAUUCUCUUUGUUUUUCAGCUGCUUCUCUUUCUCUCUCCCUGUCAUCACUAUUUGCAGAAGGGUUUUUGGUUUUUGAUCGAAAGAUAUCUCCUUUUGCUACAUACAAAAGGUCUGGUCAGAUGAAAAUGUUUAGCUUUUCUCGUAGACGCAUGAAGCUUGGCAGAGUGAAGAAAGUACAACUUUCGGAGUACGGACAUGGAACUAGAAGCCCUAUAAGACCACCCAAAGGAAACAACAAUGCCAUUCCUUCGAGUUUGUUUCAGGUGGAGUCUGCUUUGCCUGCCGGUAGUCAUUCAGAUGAAUUUGAUUCCCAAGUUCCUUCGACUGCCCCCGAGAUCAAUUCAUCAGGGAACUCUGAGAACUGGAUGGUGUUAUCGGUUGCCGGGGAAAAGCCUGUGCCUCGCUUUAAUCAUGCAGCUGCUGUGGUUGGGAACAAGAUGAUAGUGGUUGGGGGCGAAUCUGGGAAUGGAUUAUUAGAUGAUGUGCAGGUUCUGAAUUUCGAUGAUUUUUCCUGGACCAUGGCAUCAUCAAAGCUCUACUUGUCACCGAGAAGUCUUCCGUUGAAGAUUCCUUCAUGCAAGGAUCAUAGUCUGGUUUCAUGGGGCAAAAAGGCCCUCCUUGUUGGAGGCAGAACUGACCCUGUGAAUGACAAAGUUUCAGUAUGGGCAUUUGAUACAGAGACCGAAUGUUGGUCAGUUAUGGAAGCAAAAGGAGAAAUUCCGGUUGCUCGAAGUGGUCACACUGCUCAGGGCAAACUCCGUUCUAAUCCUUUUUGGGGGUGAAACUGCGAAAAAGAAGAAACUGAACGACCUACAUAUGUUUGAUUUGAAAUCAGCGACAUGGCUUACACUUCA